AGCCGCUCGGCCUGCUGCGCCUGUCCGCGGUCCGCGCGCGGCCACCGGGCCCACCUCGCCGCGGCCUCGGGGCGGAGGGCCGGGGCCCCGCGCCGCCCGCGAUGCUGCUGUCCAAGUUCGGCUCCCUGGCGCACCUCUGCGGGCCCGGCGGCGUGGACCACCUGCCGGUGAAGCUGCUGCAGCCAGCCCGCGCCGACAGGGAGAGCUUCGAGAAGCUGUACCAGGUGGGCGCCGUGCUGGGCAGCGGCGGCUUCGGCACGGUCUACGCGGGCAGCCGGCUCGCCGACGGGCUCCCGGUGGCCGUGAAGCACGUGGUGAAGGAGCGGGUGACGGAGUGGGGCAGCCUGGGCGGCGCGGCCGUGCCCUUGGAGGUGGUGCUGCUGCGCAAGGUGGGCGCGGCGGGCGGCGCGCGCGGCGUCAUCCGCCUGCUGGACUGGUUCGAGCGGCCCGACGGCUUCCUGCUGGUGCUGGAGCGGCCCGAGCCGGCGCAGGACCUGUUCGACUUCAUCACGGAGCGCGGCGCGCUGGACGAGCCGCUGGCCCGCCGCUUCUUCGCGCAGGUGCUGGCGGCCGUGCGGCACUGCCACGGCUGCGGCGUGGUGCACCGCGACAUCAAGGACGAGAACCUGCUGGUGGACCUGCGCGCGGGCCAGCUCAAGCUCAUCGACUUCGGCUCGGGCGCGCUGCUCAAGGACACGGUCUACACCGACUUCGACGGCACCCGCGUGUACAGCCCCCCCGAGUGGAUCCGCUACCACCGCUACCACGGGCGCUCGGCCACGGUGUGGUCGCUGGGCGUGCUGCUGUACGACAUGGUGUGCGGGGACAUCCCCUUCGAGCGGGACGACGAGAUCCUGUGCGGACGCCUGUUCUUCCGGAGGCGGGUCUCGGCCGAGUGCCAGCAGCUCAUCGAGUGGUGCCUGUCCCUGCGGCCCUCGGAGCGGCCCUCCCUGGACCAGAUCGCCGCGCACCCCUGGAUGCUGGCCGACGGGGGCGCCCCCGAGAGCUGCGACCUGCGGCUGUGCGGCCUGGACACUGAGGACGAGGCCAGCACCUCGUCCAGCAGCGAGAGCCUGUGAGGGGCGCGGCGCGGCCGGGCUGGCUCCGCCCCGGCACCGGCCUCUCCCCUGCUUCGAGUGCCUUCCUGAACGCUGCUCCCACGGGACUCGGUUUGCCCCAGCUCUGCCUGGCCAAAGACGGCCCGGGGACGCCCCCUCUGCUGCUGUGUCCCCGCGGCACCGAGCCCGUGCGCCCCGGGCGCGACCGUGCACAAGCAAUGCAACGUCUUAUUUAUGGUGGGACCCCGCGGAGGGGCUAUUUAUUGUUUAAUUUAUUUGUCGGGGGGACUGCCCCCGGCGGCCUUGCCUCCCUCGGGCGGCGGGGUGGGGGGGCAGGGUGCUGGGGACACGAGCUUGUACAGUGGCCAGUGGACGGAGCGCCCUGUGCCCUGGGGGAGGGGUGUUAAGUUAUUGACCUUGUACAGUCCGCUGUGGGCCCUGAGGCUGGGGGGGGCACUCGCGAGCCUUUAAUUUAUUCCAGCAGCUGUGCUUCUGUGGCCCCGCGUGUGUAGACGGGGACGGGGGUUUCUUUCAGCUCAACAGUGUGAGAUGUCUGGAGAUCCUAUUUUUUAUACAGGUAUUUCAAUUAAAUUGUUUUGUACAUAA